AUGCCUUACCUCUACCGGGGCCCAGGACCCCAGAAGCACCCGACUCCCAAGGACACCCGUGUCACCCACUCCUCAGGCCAGAGCUUCGAGCAACUGCGGCAGGGGUGCCUGCAGAAGGGCAUCCUGUUUGAGGAUGCAGACUUCCCAGCCAACAGCUCCUCCCUGUUCUACAGCGAGAGGCCCCAGAUCCCCUUUGUGUGGAAGCGGCCAGGGGAAAUAGUGGAAAACCCAGAAUUCAUUCUUGGAGGUGCCACCAGGACUGAUAUCUGCCAAGGAGAGCUUGGCGACUGCUGGUUAUUAGCUGCCAUUGCCUCCCUUACACUUAACGAGAAAGCGCUGUCGAGAGUCCUCCCCCAGGAUCAAAGCUUUGGCCCCGGUUAUGCUGGGAUGUUCCAUUUCCAGUUCUGGCAGCACAAUGAGUGGCUGGACGUGGUGGUGGAUGACCGACUGCCCACCUUCAGGGACCGCUUGGUUUUCCUUCAUUCUGCUGACAACAAUGAGUUCUGGAGCGCCUUGUUGGAAAAAGCCUAUGCCAAGCUCAAUGGGAGCUAUGAGGCCCUCAAGGGAGGCAGCGCCAUCGAGGCCAUGGAAGACUUCACCGGGGGCGUAGCAGAGACCUUUGAGACUAAAGAGGCUCCAGAGGACUUCUAUGAGAUUCUUGAGAAGGCCUUGAAGAGGGGCUCUCUGGUGGGCUGUUCCAUUGAUGUCAGAAAUGCUGCAGAAUCAGAAGCCCGAACAUCUUUUGGUCUGAUUAAGGGCCAUGCCUACACUGUAACGGGAAUUGAUCAGGUAAACUUCCGAGGCCAAAACAUGGAGCUCAUCCGAGUCCGGAAUCCAUGGGGCCAGGUUGAAUGGAACGGGUCCUGGAGUGACAAUUCUUCUGAGUGGCAUUCUGUUGACCCAGCCGAGAGAAAACGCCUCUGCCAUACUGCUCUUGAUGACGGGGAAUUCUGGAUGGCAUAUAAAGAUUUCAAGUCCCAUUUUGACAAGGUAGAGAUCUGCAGCCUCACUCCUGAUGCCCUGGACGAUGACGCUCUCCACAAAUGGGAGGUGACGGUUCAUCAAGGAAGCUGGGUGCGGGGCUCCACUGCAGGCGGCUGCCGCAAUUUCCUGGAUACGUUCUGGACCAAUCCACAAAUAAAACUGUCCCUGACUGAGAAAGACGAAGGGCAGGAGGAAUGCACUUUCCUUGUAGCCCUAAUGCAGAAAGAUCGGAGGAAACUCAGGAGAUUUGGAGCUAACAUGCUGACCAUCGGUUAUGCCAUUUAUCAAUACCCUGGCAAAGACGAACAUCUGAACAAAGACUUCUUCAGAUAUCACGCUUCCCAGGCCAGAAGCAAAACGUUCAUCAACCUGCGAGAAGUCUCUGAUCGGUUCAAGCUGCCCCCUGGGGAAUACAUCCUGAUCCCCAGCACUUUUGAGCCCCAUCAGGAAGCUGAUUUCUGCCUGAGAAUCUUUUCGGAGAAGAAAGCCAUUACCCAGGACGUGGAUGGAAAUGUAGACAUUGACCUUCCAGAGCCUCCGAAGCCAACGUCACCAAGCCAGGAGACAGAGGAGGAGCGCCAGUUCCGUGCCCUGUUUGAGCGAAUCGCAGGCAAGGACAUGGAGGUGACAGCAGGAGAACUUGAAUAUGUUUUAAAUGCUGUGCUGCAAAAGAAAAAAGACAUCAAAUUCAAGAAGCUGAGCCUGAUUUCCUGCAAGAACAUCAUUUCUCUAAUGGAUACCAGUGGCAAUGGAAAACUAGAAUUUGAUGAGUUCAAAGUGUUCUGGGACACACUGAAGAAGUGGACUCAUCUUUUCCUUCAGUUUGAUGCUGACAAAUCCGGCACUAUGUCCUCCUACGAGUUGCGAGUGGCUCUGAAAGCUGCAGGCUUUCAGCUGAGCAAUCACCUCCUGCAGCUGAUCGUCCUCAGGUAUGCAGAUGAGGAGCUGCAACUGGGCUUUGAUGACUUCCUCAACUGCCUGGUCCGGCUGGAGAACGCAGGCAGGGUAUUCCAGGCGCUCAGUACAAAGAACAAGGAAUUCAUUCAUCUCAAUAUAAAUGAGUUCAUCUGCUUGACAAUGAACAUUUGAAGCUGCCCUGGCCGUGAUGCAGGUUAUCCAGCUGAGUCUUGACUUUUGGACCAUGAACCUCUCCUGGUUUAGAGCCGUCCUCCCCAGGGCGCUCUCUCCCCUUCUGUUGUCCACCCCUGUCCUUCCCCUUCCCUGUACUUUGAUCUGGGCAGAAUGAAAUGGACUCAUCUAUGUUCUGUGACGCUGUGCUACAUUUUACAAAACCACUGCUCUAAGAUGGCUGAUGCCACCACACUUGUCUUACUCCACAUUCAGGCAUCUUAGUAAUUCCUAUCUCUCCCUUACUUUCCCCACAUCCUCCACCCACUGACAAUUAUUCACAGUUCCAGUGCACAGAACCACUGACUUCAAUGUAGCUUUUUCAGUCAUCAUACUUGAACAUUCUUUACAGAACAAAGGUCUGACAUUUUUAUAAAGGUCUAUGACCUGAGAUGAGAGGGGAAAGGUGUGUGGUCAUAAUUAAGCAUUUUCAGCAUCUUAAGUGUGUGUCCUUUGGAGGCAGAUAUCAGGGAAUUCUAGAUGCCUACUGAUCGAGUGGAACAGUGUGAAAAUCCUACCUCCUUGCUAUGGGUUGAAUUGUGUACCCCCCCAAAAAAUGUUGACAUCUCUCUAACCCCUGGUACCUGUGAAUGUGACCUGAUUUGGGAAUAGGGUCAUUGCAGGUGUAACCAAGUUAAGAUGAAGUUAAACUAAUUCAUAUGCCUCGCCUCCUUUUAAGAAGAAGAGAAAAAACACAGGGAUGAAGGCCAAGUGACAACAGAGGCAGCCACUGGAGUGAUGCCAAUUCGAGCUAAUGAGUGAUGAGAAUUGCCGACUGCUACCAGAAACUGGAAGAGGCAAAGAAGGGUCCUUUUCUAGAGUCUUCUGAGGGAGUGUGGCCCUGACGACACAUGGAUUUCGGAAUUCUGGCCUCGACAACCGUGAGAGAAUGCAUUUCUGUUGUUUGUGGUACUUUCUUAUGGCAGCCCUAGGGAGCUAAUACUCUCCUCCUCUGAGAGCUAAGGUAACUAAGGCAUUCUUUGUCCAUUUCAGCCUUUGGGUUAGAAAAGCCAAGUGCAAUGUUACCUGUUCUCAAGUAGCCCAGGUUCUGAUCACAUCUGAUCCCGUUGGUCUCCACCAUGAUGGGGAGAACAGAGUGCAGAGGCCUCUUUAUAAUUUCCCUGACACUGCACAGACGAAUGCCACUGAACUGGAAAAAUAAGAAAUAACAUGAAAAGAUAUAGGCUCAAUUAAUAAGGUACCAUUUUUAAUUACUGAACUUGUGGCACAUGAUGUGGAAGAUGGGGGGUGGGUUUUGAUGUGCAGAGAUAGAAGGAGGGUUAAUUGUUGGGAUGAAGAUCCUGUUAGUAGUGGAGUUUCAUCAGAACCCUGUCCCCUGGCUGAAUAUGCCAGGGCAAGAUGGUCUCCUCUCCAGCCACCCAGCCCUUUCUGCUCCCCCAGCAGUGGAUAUGGGACAGGGGCACUACCUCUCAGAAGCAGGGUAGAGGACUAAAGUUCUCUGAUGAACAAUCCAAAAGCAAUCCAAAUUUUCUGAUGGCAACCCAUCAAAUGCCAUCCAUUCUUCUUGCCCUGUGCUCUUCUCUCAUUUGUUCAUGUUGCAUCCAUAUUGUCUGUUAAUAUUGUGAACACUAAUCCUGCUCACAGGCAAAACUCAAAGGGGCGAGGGGGUCUUGCCAUAUAAGCCCUUUCUCCUAGUGUCGUCUCUACUAAGUGCUUUUAGGCCUUUAUGUCCAUGAGCUCACAGCUGUCACUCAACUGACUUUUCCAAGGUUUGGAAGGAGUAGAAUGGUGUUCAUGAACUGGGCAUCCUCUUUCCUUUCCUACAUGUGUGUUCCUGGGAAGCAUAUUAACCUCUCUGAGACUUAGUUUCCUCAACUCUAAAACGGGGACAAUAAUUCCUGCCUCUUAGAGAUCUUGCAAUGUACAAACAAAAUCCUAUGUAGGAAGCAUCUAGCACAGCACCUGACACAUUUGGGCGCUCGACACAACUUAGGCUCCCCCAUUUCUCAUUCCCCAAAGAGCCAGUGGUUUCUUAAACUCCCGAAAGAGCUGCUAUCAGAUGUUUUGUGUUUGCCUCAGCCCUUCUUUGCAAGAAUUAAGCAUAUGGAGCUAUCAAACUUGAACUCUCAAUGGGGCUGUAUGGACGGUUUUAUGAUCAUGAACCAGAAACAAAAUAAAAAGGGGGAAGGAGGGUAAGUGUAGUGUAUGUGUGUGUGGUUUCUAUUUGCUUGUAAAUUAUAUGGUCUGAUACUGACAUCCAGAGGCCAAGGAAGAGGUUUCACAUGCAUCAGCUCAAUUGACUAUUAUUAUAGUGAUUGUAUAACUUAUAAUUCAAACUAGAAGCUUUUGAGCAUUGAAGGUAUAUUAGUUAUUGCAGCAGGACAAUAGAUCUAAACUGGAACUGUUCUGGGGAAGUCAGAAUUUAUGGCCACCUUAAAUAUAUCCAUCUAUCCAUCUUUACCUGUGUACUAUGUGCUUUAGGUCUUGGCACCUAAAAAAAAGUUCUGUGCUCUGCUACCUUUAAAUAAAAAUUGUGUGAAUGAGUUAUCAUACUAAUGACAAGUAUAUUGUUUUGUACCAGAAACACAUGAAACACAAAGAGAUACAUACCUAAACACCUCAGAGUCAAACUGUUGAAAGAAAAAGAGAAAAUCUUGAAAGCAGCAAUGACUCAUCACAUACAGGAAAAUAAAGAUACAAUACUGCUGACCUUUCAGCAUAAAUAAUGGGUGACAGAAGACACUGGAAUGAAUUCAAAGUGCUAAAAGAGAAAACUUUCAAUCAAGAAUUUUAUAUCCAGCAAAACUGAAAAAAAUGAAAGGCAAAAUAAAGAUAUUCCCAGAUAAAUAAAGACUGAGAGAAUUCAUUACUAGUAGAACUGCCAUAGAAAAAAUAUUAGAGGAAGUCUUUCAGGAAGAAAGAAAAUGACACCAGAUGGUAACUUGAGUUCACAGGAAGAAAUGCAGAACACUGAAAAAGUGUAUUUGGGUAAAUACAAAAGACUGUAAUAUGUUUCUUCUCUUAAUUUUGUUAAAAGAUGCAAGAUUGUCUAAAGCAAUAAUUAUGGCACACAAAGGAAAGGGGAGGAUACAAAUUUAUAUUGAAACAACAUUGAUAUAUUUUGCCAGAAUUAAGUUGGUAUUAACCUGAAGUAAAUGGUGAUAAAUUGAAAUGCAUGUUGUAAUUUAUAGAGCAACCAUUAAGACAAUAACUCAGAAAUACA